GGACUGAGGAGAGGAUAGUGAAGGGAAACACACAGUUCAGUUAAGCAAAACACAAUCGUUUAGAAAUUUCGUUUUAUAGUCAUAUUGCGCGCGUACGUCGUGCAUACCGAAAAAAAACUAUAAAUUCUGUAUUUUUCCCGUGAUUCAGUUUCGAUAAAAUACAAUAUAGCAACUGAAAGUGAGAAAGGGAGAGAAAGAGAGAGAGAGAGAGAGAGAGAGAGAAACACAAAUCAACGAAAUAGAAAUUAUCAAUCACAGUUGGAAAAUACCAAAUAAUUAUCAUAGCCAUCGAAAGAUAAAAAUUAAAAUUCAAGUUUUCGUGAUUUCAGUUCUAAUUUUUCAUUUUUACUCGUUACACAUUUUUCUUCCGUGUGCUUUCGGUUUUGCUGCAGAAAAAUCUAGGCUUUAUGCAUUUCGGUUUAAGUCGAUUUGCGAGACGAAGUUUCCAAAGCCAGCAGAAAUUACUACAAUGAUGAUGACGAGUACGACGGCGACGGCGACGGCGAUGACGACGACAACGACGACAACGACGACAAAAACCAAUAGUAAAGUGCAUAGUUGAAUAGCAUGUUGUAAUGUUGUAGCAGUAACUUAGUGACAAAAGCAACAAAAAAAGUAGUGAAAAGAAUAAGAAGAAGAAGAAGAAGAAGAAAAGAAAAGAUAUCAUUAUAUAAGUGGAAUAGAGAUAACAAGAAACCGAAGAAGAAUAAGAAGAAGGAGAAAUCGUUCAUGUUGUUGUGAAUGGGUAUUUUAAUGAGUGUUUUUGCCGAUGAUUAACGUGAAUUUGGCAUAAUAAGCGGAAAGAUUAAAGGGAGGAAUAUAUAUCCACGCGACGACAGAACGUGCCGAAUACAAUAAAUCACAAAUGGUUUGGCUGCGAUAAACGGCAUGGUUAAUAUGGAGAAAAGCGAAGACCAGGAUAGAAAGAUUGUUUUAGAAUUUUGCCAUUUGCUUGAAAAAUCGAAGCAACUGUUCAAUGGACUCAGAGAUCUACCGCAAUAUGGUCAUCGUCAAUGGCAAGCAUAUUUUGGCCGAACAUUCGAUGUGUACACAAAAUUGUGGAAAUUUCAACAGCAACAUCGGCUGGUGCUUGAUUCAAAAUAUGGCCUGAAGCGAUGGCAAAUCGGCGAAAUUGCUAGUAAAAUAGGACAAUUAUAUUAUCAUUAUUAUUUAAGAACCAGUGAAACAAAUUAUCUUAACGAAGCUUAUCAAUUUUAUGCGGCGAUCCGGGGUAGAGCUUAUUAUUCGCGCGCCAUCAAAGAAGAUCGACCCGAUUUAAUGGUGAAAAAGCUACGAUAUUAUGCCAGAUUCAUUGUUGUUUGUCUGCUACUCAAAAAAAUGAAAUUAGUUCGUGAACUCAUUAUUGAAUUGGAGAAACAAAUACAGGAAUACACAACUACAUAUGAACCUGAGGAUCAGCUGGAAUGGUCACUUGUUUUAGAAGAAAUAAAAGGGUUCAUCAAGGCCGAAGCGGCUGUUGCUGUUUUGCACGCCGAUUCAAAUCCAAUAGUAUUAUCGUACAGUGGGUCUGGUUCUAGAUUAAGCCCGCUGACAACGCCGCCAUGCGAACGAUCGCCGCACAUGACAUUGAGCCUACAGGAAAUCAUAAUCGUUGGUUCGGCUUGCGAACAAGCGAAAUUCUCCGAACUCACCAUGGACAUGUUUCGAAUGGUCCAAACACUGGAACGUGAACCAAGCGAAUCGAAUCAUAUGCAUGGUGUUGGCAUUGGCAUUGGCCUUGGCAUUGGCAUUGGCGGCGGUAUGCAUCAUGGUAUCGGCUAUAUACCACCCGGUGUAGUGGUCGCACCGCAUGAUUCAAGUCCAGCCACAAAAAUGCCAUACACCGAUCAAUGCUCAAAGGGAUUUUUAGAGAACGGCGAAAAGCGCCAUUUUCGUGACAAUCCACACAAAUAUCUGCUGUAUAAGCCAUCAAUAAGCCAGUUGCUAGUGUUUUUGAGCAGUGGCUUCAAGGAACUACCUCCUGGUGGUGCAUUGCUCCUCUAUAUGUCAGCUGAUGGAUGCUUUUCAACCACACAACAUCCGGAAGAUUAUGGAUACGAAUUGGGUGGCUUGAGUACGAGCGUCAAACGAGAUGGAAUGGACAGUGGCAUUGCAUGCCGUGGCGGAAAGGGCAACGGCUACAAAGAGCCACAUUGCCUUUAUCCCGGCGAUUUGUAUCCAUUCACGCGGCGGCCCCUCUUUAUCAUCAUUGACUCAGACAAUUCGUUCGUCUUUCAACACGUACCAAGAUAUUUCGGGCAACCGCUGGUGAUUUUGAUGUCACCUCAAGAUGUGCCGACUUCAUUCCAAGAUUAUCAACACCAUGGUUCCUUAUUUACGUUAUUUUUGCAUUCACCAUUGACUGCGGUUUGUUACAUUUGCAAUGUGGGCGAUGUUCCGAUUCAUCAUUGGGAACGAUGUCAAGGGUAUAUAGAAAAAUUCGUCACAGAAGCAUCGUGUUUAGUAACAAGAUGUCGUGUAGAGGAUGUAGGAAAGGGUCGUGAUUAUAUAGAUUCCGCUUAUUUACAAUUUUUCGGUGAUGAUUUUUUGCGUACGAUACUAUUGCGUUAUAUAUUUUGCGAUGUAGUACUGCGUACGCAUAUGUCAUUUCGUGGACGUCAUCAGCGGCCGAGAUGUGAACCACCAUUACCAGCUGUUGAUCUGUUGGAGCAUCCAUCGUUAGCGCAUAUUGUGUUUCAGCUGGCGUCCGCCUUAGAUGUACGAGAUCAAUUCCACGAAGGUGCGACCGAACUUGAAUGAUUCAGUCGGAUUGGAUACAUUCAAAUCGAUUGCGUUGUGGUGUUUGCAAUCGAAUAUUAGCUUAUUAAUUUUCAACGUAUGGGACGUACGCUAUAUUCCGCUCAUGUUUGCUUCAGUUCAGUCAGUGAGUGCAGGUGUUAUAUUCAUUUUGAUUAGACACAUACAAAGAUAUGCUCAUAUCACAAAAGUGUAAAACACCCGGGGAAAAAAAACCCUCCCAAACUAGGAUUAUCAUUUAUGCAAUUUAAUUGUUAACUAAUUUGGUUUUUCCUAUCAAACGUAAACCUUUCGAUAAGGUUACGAAGUGAACAAAAGCUCAACAAAAAAAAAACAAAUACGAAAAAAUGAAAAGUUCCAUACCGACUAAGUUCCGAACGCUCAGACAUCAUGCGAAUUCGGGCAGAUUUCUCUUUUUGAUUGACAAAAUAUAGCAAAGCCAAAAUCGUGAUUAAUAUUUCCGACUGUUUGGACAGAGAGAUAGGAACGCAAAAUUGCGCAACAAAAGCGGCAUUCUUAGAUCACAAAUGGCAGUCCCAUUGACUGGCUCUACUUCUAAGAAUACUCUUGAAACUUUUAUACGCGGCUAGGUUUUAAGCUAAAACUAAUUACCGAACAAAUUCGAACUACUAGACAACUAAAGCAACAAGAACAACAACAACACACAUACACACUCGAAAGAAAAUAACCGAUAAAAGCUUUCUUGGACCUACAAACUAACCAAAAAUUAACGUCAUCUUUGAAAAGGCAUUUUAUAUGAAGAACAUAUUUAAGAUUCUAGCAAAUUUUUUACAUUUAUUUUUAGUUUUCCUCAAAGUCUUAAUACCAAUACCGACAACACAAGAACACAACAAGAAGGAUACUCAUAGAAUACACAAUGUAUACCGGUUUAUUUUCGGAUAAUAAACUGUUCUUCAUCCCUUUCUCUUCCUUUCA